AUGUCCACUAGGCUUGGCGCCUGUCUGACCCCCCUACCCACCACCGUCGAAGCUUUCCCCCACCACCGCACGGCAUGGAAUGUUUGCCAGAUAGGAACCCCAGAACAAGCAGGGAGACCAAGCCUCAAGCUCGAGAUGGACGACUCGUCUCGCGGCAAGAUCUUUGGCAGGUCAGAUGAUGGACUGCGUGGCCCCGGUAUCUCAGCUUUCGGCAUCGGCCAUCGAGCCAUCGUACGGCCUCAAAGGCAAGCCCUUCGGGAUGUGUAUGAACCGCCUAGGCCGUUGGCUUGUCGACGGCUUCGUCUAGUGCACCGAGUCGCCGUGAAGCUCACUCCGAGACCCAUUGAGGCUUCCGGCUUGGAAGAAGGACGGCCCGGAAUUCAGACGAAUCCCGAGGACGGCUUCAGAACUGAAGGGUUUGCAUUGUCGCCCAGAAGCGUUGAGGCCAAGUAG